GCCACAUGCGGCCCGCGGGCCGCCAAUUUGUCACUUCUGGAGUACGACAUUCGAGAUACAACAGGACGAGCGCAAUGGCUGAUUCGCGUUGAAUGUAAAUACGGUGUAGAUACUUAUUUUGUUGCAGUGUCAAAUAGUAGAGCGUGAAAACAGUAAUUAUUUUCGAUCGCACGGUCUUCCAUUUUUUUUUGCAGAGGGACAUAGAUUUCGCAAUGGCCGACGAAGGAUUAGAUAUAUGUGAAUCGAUAUGGAAUCAUGAACUGGCUAUGCAACUGCUUUCUAUCUUGCGGCAGAGGCAAAGCUACUGCACGGACAGCGAGUGCCUUAGUAUGUCACGAUUACCGUUAUCACCCGAAACUUCGUCGUCCUCAAAUUUUCUCAUGACUUUCUUAAUAAUCGCAUUUGCUCUUAUUAUGUACGUUCUGAGACCAAACUCUCUUCGUCAGUUGAGGACCAAUACUGCUAAAGAUCGAGAUAACGAACGCGAUUCGAACGGUGAUCAUCCUCCUGCACCACCACCGACAGCGCAAUAAGAAGGCAAUAUGAUAAUUUUGUCGUGUAAGUUUUCAUUGUAGAAUGUCCUGGAAUUACGAAAAAAGAGGGAGUGGAAAGAAUAAUUAUUAUAAUUGUAAAAUUGUAAUUGUAAUUAAUUGUAUAAUUGUAAU